AUGGCGGAGGCUGAGGAUGGGAUCGGAUUUUCCUUGGUUUUCCCGGCGUCGAUCCGCGCGCUCCGGUCGGAUCCGUCCCAUCCCGUGGACGGCCGAGGAGAAAUUCCGCUGUACCGGGAGCCCGGCAUCCUCUCCGGGUACCGCCCCCCGCGCAGCUCGGCCCGGCAGUGCCUGCGGAGCCUCUUCCACCUGGACAACGAGACCCUCAACAUCUGGACACACCUGGCGCCCGCAGGGUAUUUCCUGUGGCGGUUCCUGGCUCAGCUGCGGGCUCUGGCUCUCGUCGAUCCCGAUCCCGAUCCCGAUCCCGAUCCCGCUGCUCCCGCCGCGGGCCCGCUCCUGGCCUACCUGUGCACCUGCGCGCUGUACCCGCUGGCCUCGGGCGCGGCGCACGCGCUGGGGGCGCUGGGGGCGCGCGGCCGGCACCGGGCCUUCUGCUGCGACUACGCCGCGCUCAGCGCCUACGGAAUGGGCUCGGCGCUGGCGUAUUCCGCCUACGUCUUCCCUCUGGAAUGGCUCGGGAGCACAUUCCAUGAUUUCUACGUUCCCGUGGCCGUGCUCAACUCCGCACUCAGCACCGGCCUGUCCUGCUAUUCCAGGUUUCUGGAGGCGGAGCGGCCCCGCCUGAGCAAAGCUUCCCGAACUCUGGCCUUCGUGUAUCCCUACAUUUUUGUCAGCAUCCCAGUUUUCUACAGGCUUUCCCAGGGCUGCUCCGAGGGCUCGCUCCGGCUGCAUUUCUGGCACAGCGUCUGCGCCCUCCUGAGCUUCCUGAGCUUCACCUCCCGCCUGCCCGAGCGCCUGGCGCCGGGGAGCUUCGACCUCAUCGGGCACAGCCACCAGAUUUUCCACGUCUGCGGGAUCCUGGGAACGCUCUUCCAGCUGGAAGCCAUCUCCAUGGACAUGGCGGAGCGGCGGGGCCGCCUCCCGCUUCCCUCUUCCCUGGAAACCUUUGGAUCCCUGGGACUGGGAGCGGCCGCCAGCCUGGCCAUCCUCGGGAUCUGCUUCCGCAGCCUCCGCCCGGAGCCUCUUCCCGGGGAAAAAUCCCACUAGGAUCAGGGAUUGCCUCGGAUUUCUGGGAGCACUCCGGUUCCGGAGAGGUGUCCGGGUGGUUGAGGGGGGAAUUCGAUCUCCUGGAAAUAUUCCUUUGGGAAUUUCCUGAGGGACAACCGCGCUGGUUUUAUCCACGGAUGGGCCGGGAAACGCUUCCCAUCCCGUUGUUAUCCACAGGGAAAGCGCCAAAUAAUCGGGAUUCGAUCCCUGAGAAGGGAGGGAAGCGCUCCUGCUUCCCAAAGAAUCCGGGAUCCCUCGGGUCCGCCUCGGGGAGAAAUCCAGGGAACGCUGGCGUCACCAGCCGGGAGAUUCCCGGUGAAGCCGAGCGCUCCCAAAUUCCCGUUUUCCCCUGGGAAGUGGCGUUCCUUUGGAAUUCCAGCCCAAGUGCCUGGAAAGGUGGGAUGGAGGGAUUGGAGUCGUUUCCCCUCCGGUUUUAAUUCCCACUAUUUCUACUCAUAAUCGCGGAAAAGAGAUUCCAGGAGAUGUUCCCUCAGGAAAACUCUUCCAGGGUCUAAUUCCAGGAAACCCUGAGGAGUUCCUUCCCGUGGGGACUCCGAGUUUCUGCGUGGGGAAUGGAAUGGGGGAAUUCUGCCCAAGCUACCGGGAAUUUUAAAGAAUUCCCGGGAUUUUCCCUCUGUUGUUCCUUGUUUUCCUUCCCUGCUGCUCCUGGAUUUUGCAGGAAGAGCCUGGAGCUCUUUUCCAGGAUCCGGGUUUUCCCCUUGGAUUUUCCCGCGGGAACGCGGCACGCGCUUUGCUCUUUGGGAAUUUUUUCCCCUGGAUAAUCAGGCGGGUCUUCCAUUAAUUUCCUUUUAAUUGCCUUUGCCGAGGUCUGACUGCUGCACUCUGGGAGCUCCUGGAAUUUGGGAUAACGCGAUGAAAUCAGGGUUAAAUCCGGGAUAAAUCAAUCCUUGGGAAAGCUGACCGGGGUUUUUCCCGGGAUAUUUAUAAACACUGGAGUUGUUUUUUUUCUGAUGGUUUUAUUAAAUUAAUAUAAAUCACUGAUUUUAAUCUGCUUAAUAAUAAAAAUAUUCCUGGGAAAAUGAAUCCCUCUGGA